AUGAAUCGCGAGUUUUUGGUUCUGAUCGAAAGCGAGGUUGAACGUCGUGAUGCUUGGAUCACAAAGAAUGAAGCGAAGAUGACGUUACCUCCUGCGGAGGAUGUUCAAGACCUUGAAGGAUUUCUACAGCUCAAAAACGCUCAUGAUGUAAGUUAUUGUUCUUAUUUACGAUCUGAUAGGUUGGAAAUGUACUAUAAUAGUUUUGUUUGUGGAAACACCACGUCAAUUUAUUACUGCAAAGCUUUCGAUCCGUAAGCCCGGAUCGUGGAAUGGUACCGUGAAAAUUUAAGACAUUUAGUGUGGCAGAGACCUGAAAAUAAGGAGUGGUUUUGUGUGUGUCUUUCAUCUCUAUGACUGAGAUUUGAUUUCUGCAAUAUGAUAUUGGAACCAAACCCUAGCCACAGAGAUAAAAAGACACGUGCACUUAAACCGCUUGUACACGCGCAAAAAUUGAGAAAAUCAACAUCUUGUUCCAGGUUGAUAUCAACGAGCGUGAACAAGGUUGGCGGCCCACUAUAAACAGUAUUGUCAACAUGUUGUUACAGCAUUGUUCAACUGUAACAACUUGGAUCAACAUGGUUGACAACUUGUUUAUAGUUGGCCGCACAACAUUGUUCACAUCUAUCGAUAUCAGCUUGGAACAACCUGUGCGUUUUAAGCCGUGUAGCGCUAAUAUCUUUUGGAAAGAAAAUAAGAUUUUUUGUGAUGAUUUGCAGGGCCAAGAUAUUAAAUUAUGCUUAUGCAAAUUUUUCGCCUUCAGGGUUUUCUAGAGGAACUCAAACGCAACGAAAUGUCGGAGUUUGUCAAAGACUCGGAGAACAUGAGUGACCUCAACAAACAAACUAUCAUAAAGAUUCGUGAACUUCAAACUCGCUGGUCAGCGGUGCUCGCCUGGGCAACGAAGAGAACAGUGUAUCUGAAUACCGUGAUAGCAAACUGGCGAGAGUUCAGACAACAUGAAGUAACAGCGACUGAGUUUAUUGAUGGCAAAGAGAAAGCUCUUCAUGGAAUUCAUGAAGAAAUCAAAGCUGGGAGUGACGAACUUACUAAGGAGAAAGUUGGCCAACUUGAGGUAAAGAUCAGUCUAAUGUUUUAUGUACUAUUUAUUUACAACAUGAGCAGCCGCGCCAAAAUCAAACCAAAGAUGAGAGUUUCUAUAUCCGAUACAACACGGACACGAAUGUUGUAAAUGGCUUGUGAAACGUCUUGAUGAGAAAAUUGAACUUAAUGUUUAUGUAAAUCACCAUGAAUUAGGUUGCCAACAUAUCACCGCCUUUUGAAGCUGGAAAUGUUAAUUCUUUAUAGCCUACCAAUCUUUUCAUGCUUGCAAAAAUAUUGUAGCAGCUUUCUUACACAGUCAUUCAAAUACUUUCAGAAAUGAAUCGUAUUAAUUAAUAAUUAAUUAUAACAAACUUUUGUUUGUUAAGUUUUGUAUGUUUCUAACAUGCGCUCUAAAGUAACAAGUAAGAUAUACCAAUUGAUUUCAAUAAAACAUUUUCAAUGAUUCCUUUUCCAAUCGGCUAACAAACUUAUCAAGUAUAUUUAGUGCUCUAUCUGUAAAAUAAUGCUAAAAUGAAGAGAUUUUAGUUUGAUAAACCUCCAAGGAGAAAUUCUUUGGAAUUAGACCAGUUUUUAAGGCAAUGAGACAAAAAGUCUAAAAGCCUAAUCUUUAUUAGGAUGGGAAAAUUAAAUCUACAUAUUCAAUACUUAACGCACAAUAACAUGGGAAAUUUUUUAUACACCCUGUAUAUAAUUUUAAAAAAUGAAAGCAUUUUUAUUUUUCUACGCUUUAUUCGACUAUAUUCUACUCAUCUUCAAGAAUGGAUGAAAUAACAAGCAUAACAGGGCCUUAUAAACCCUAGAUAGCCUACAGCUACUGUCUUUCUUAUAGCCGUGCUUUUCAUGAGCCGAACUUAAUUCAUAUUUUACUCGAGUAAAAUAGGCGUACUUCCAAUUUUGAUUUAGACAGACGUGCUUUUCAUGAGCCGUACUUAAUAAUUUCCGCUGCUUCACUUCGAAACCCGGGGCGAGUGACAUUUCAUAAUAAGAAAAAAAGGUUUAUCACAUACAAUCUUGGCAUUUCUGAGCGUCUUCAGGUUUGCGGUUAUUAAUAAUUUCAACUGCUUUUUGAAAAGCCUUAUUACUACAAACAUAGCAUAAUGCCAGGAUAUAAUGUGUGGGAAAACGAGAGCUAUAGGAUUAGGGCAGUGGCGUAGCCAGCUCUGUAAGUGGGGGGAGGGGGCAUAUUCAUAUAUUUGUAUUCACAGAUCGUAAAGACAAUGAAUUUCAAAAGAAAAUAAUAAUGUAGAACAUGAAUAUAUGAAUAUGUCCCCCCCAAUUAUCGAGCUGGCUACGCCACUGGCUUAACUUAGGGCGAGUUUUUCCACAUUAUUCGAGUUCUCUUAAACUACUACAAGUGUUUCUAUAACUGUAUGGGUCACACAUAAUAAAUGUUUUAUAUUUAUUUCAUAAUAUAACUAAAAAUAGAUUUGUAGUAGACUCGAUAUAUUUGCAAAUUGUCAUUACGUAAUCAGUGCCGACCUUUGCUCCAUCAAUUUCACUGCAAGAAACCCUUUUUGCCUUUAUCAGCAAAUAUAGCUAUAAGCCUAAUUUCGCAACUUUUAUGCAAAUAAUCUAACGAAAGGUGUAUUCUUUGCAACAAAUUGACGUAUAUAAAGAAAAGAAAAGAAAGUGAAAUUCUACCGCGAUAUUUGCUGAUAAAGCGGUAUUAAAUCACUAUAGCUACAGAAAAAAUAGAACAAAUUACAGAAAUACAAAACAAAGCUACAGAAGCCAAAGUGGGAACGUUUUUGUAUUUUGACUGUAACAGUGUAGUGUUGGGAAAGCAUUAAGAAAAGCUAAUCAAGGUCGCGUGACUGUCAACUCUCAUAUUCUCUCAUCCUUCUCUCACCCGUGCUUAAAACCACGCAAUAUGGCGUCAACUCAACCUUUUUAUAACUCUAUUCAUUGGCCGGUCAAUAAAGGUCUCAAUUAAUGGUCAAUCUCGAUCACAUUUUUUUCGGCAAUCCUUGCCCAGAAUCAAUUAGAAUCACUACCUACCAAAGUGCGUCUAUUUUCAAUAUGGAAAGCAGCGGACAAGAGAGCGCACAAGAGGAGCAUUUUCCCAACAAACACAUCUCCCCCCCCCCCCGACAUUAUUACAGAACUGUAGAGGGCACGCAGAGACGGCACAUGUCCGUCAGCGAAUUAAGGUACGUAUAUCAGGCAUAAAUUACUAUUACGCAUUCAAUUUUACUCGAGCGAAUUUAAGCAAAACGAAUUUUUCCAUUUUCUCAUCCACUUUUUAUCCACAUUUAACAAAAAUUUAGUUAAUUUGUCCUUGGGUGAUGUUCAAUAGUCGCAUUCAUUUUCGUACUAAUACGUUUGAUAUUUUAAGUCUACUUGCUGACAGGGAAACAAGAGAUGCUCGAUAUAUACAUGUUCGACUGUUGACUUAUUUUCAUAAUUUUAGCCUUUCUCACCUGUCCCCAGCUUACAUGAUAUGCCACGAACGAGAAGCCGUUGA